AUGUUGAAAAACGGCGGUAAUGGUGCUUCAAGCGAUCGCACUGCCACUCUAGGCAAGGCAACUGUGCUUGCAAUUGGUAAGGCUUUCCCCAAGCAACUCAUCCCCCAGGAACAUUUGGUUGAAGGCUACAUUCGCGACACCAAUUGCCACGAUUUGGUCGUCAAGGAGAAAUUAGAGAGAUUAUGCAAGACAACAACAGUGAAGACUAGAUACACAGUGAUGUCCAGAGAGAUACUUGACAAGUACCCGGAAAUUGCGACUGAAGGAACACCGACUAUCAGGCAAAAGUUGGAGAUAGCAAACCCAGCAGUGGUAGAAAUGGCCCUUGAAGCCAGCAUUGCUUGCAUAAAGGAAUGGGGUAGGCCAGCUCAAGACAUAACACACAUUGUUUAUGUCUCCUCAAGUGAGAUAAGAUUACCUGGAGGUGACUUGUACCUUUCUGCUGAGCUCGGGCUUAGGUCUGAUGUGGGCCGGGUGAUGCUUUACUUCUUGGGCUGUUAUGGUGGGGUGACGGGUUUGCGUGUAGCCAAGGACAUAGCAGAGAACAACCCAGGUAGCAGAGUACUCUUAACCACCUCAGAAACCACCAUUUUGGGCUUCCGUCCCCCUAACAAGGAUCGCCCUUACGACCUUGUUGGGGCAGCCCUUUUUGGUGACGGAGCAGCAGCUGUAGUUAUCGGAUCAAACCCGGAUUUAAGCCGGGAAAACCCAUUUAUGGAGCUGAACUACGCGGUCCAACAGUUCUUGCCUGGGACCCACAACGUGAUCGAUGGCUGCCUUACUGAAGAAGGCAUCAACUUUAAGCUAGGUAGGGACUUACCCAUCAAAAUCGAGGACAACAUCGAAGAGUUUUGCAAGAAGCUAAUGAGCAAGGAAGGGUUGAAAGAGUUUAACGAGUUGUUUUGGGCAGUGCAUCCUGGUGGUCCGGCGAUCCUUAAUAGGGUGGAGAAUACUCUGAAAUUAACCGGAGAUAAGCUCAACUGCAGUAGAAGAGCGUUAAUGGAUUACGGAAAUGUUAGUAGCAACACUAUAUUCUACGUGAUGGAGUAUAUGAGGGAAGAGUUGAAGAACAAAGAAAAUGGAGGAGAAGAAUGGGGACUUGCCUUAGCAUUUGGACCUGGGAUUACUUUUGAAGGCAUUCUCCUUCGCAGUCUUUGAAAUCAAUACCAACACAUUUUUAUGUGUUGCUACAAAAUAAAUGUUGGUGGUAGAAUUAUUACCUUCUUUAUUUCUUUUCUUUGUUUUUGGUUGUUGUUGCUUAAUAUAGCAAAAGAGGGGACUCUUAAUUUCAUAGAUUAUACGAAGUAGUAUUUACGUUAAUCAAUUACAUUUUGCUUCUGGUAUGUUGUAAUGUUGCAAAAUCGAUGUGGAGCAGUAAAAUGAUGUUUUCUUCAA